AUGUCUUCCCCACACAUGCAUCGGCAAUCCAAGCCUGGCAAGCAACAAUCAACCCCUCCUCCCAAUAAGCUGGUCUCCACUGGGAUGCAACAACAACUAUCAAUUCCUUUUCCUUCUUCUUCUGAUAGCCUCCUCACUGGGGCGCCACAACAACAACCCACCAUGGGGCAAUACCAGCAGUCCCAGGGACAAUUCAUGGAGUUGUCACAGCACGCAGGCUACGGCCAAUUCCCCGUGCUCCACCACCAAAACGGGCCAAUGCCACAGGCACAGUUCCUGGGGUUCUCACAACCCACUGGAUACCCACAGCAACAACUCAUGGGGUAUCCUCAGGGGCAAUUCCCAUUGCCCCAAGUAUAUCCAACGGUCCCAGCAUACACGGAACACAUGCAAUCCUCCUUCCCACAGCCUACGAGCCUGCAACAACCCUCGCUCGAGCCAUCUUCCUCCUUGGAGCCACCUGCAAAAAGGCCCCGUCUGGGCAUCAAAAGACCCGUACCCGGACCCGGACGCCGACCACAACCCUCUCUCCGGCAAUCUUCCUCCCCCUCGCCCCCAGCGAAGAAACUGGGUAUCAAAAGACCCGCCUUCACCAAAAGGCAAACUUCAUCCUCUUCGUCCUCCUCAGGGCCAUCCAAACCUCACGCCUGCGCUCCAGCUCCGCGACACCGCCACUGUGGCCACCACAGUUCCACCUGUCCGCGCCGACGGCAACCCUCUUCCAGUGACUCCUCCUCGGAGCAGGCCGCGCCGCUACAACGGCGCCGACACACACCUUCUCUUCCUGCGCCGGCAAUUCCGCUGGCGCCGAACUCUGCUGCUCUGGGCCCGCCACGGCAGAGACAUCUUUUCGUUUGGCCGAAGGUCCUCGACCGCACCAUCGGCGAAGAAACAAGUUCAAAGGUCUCCCGCCGACCGGGACCUAUGAACCCGCCUCUCCAGCCAGACUGGAACCAGCGACAACAGAUAAGUCAUCUCCUCCCCAACUCGCUCUUCGGGUGUAACAACCUCCCGAUGAAGCACCCUCUCCUCCCCCCCACUCAUACCACCGCCCCCGCUGCCGCUACCACCGUUGCAGCCGUCCCCGCAAAGCCACCUAAGAGCGGGCCUCAGCCCAGCGACACGGACAUGAACAACGACCACCUUGUGGACUAUACGUCAGACUAUGGCAUGGGGGAAUUUGGGACUGCUUCUGUGCAGAUAGGGAUGGAGAUGGGGACGCCGGAUGAUCCGUGUGGAUUGCUGCCGUAUCUCGAGGAGUGCGAGGGGCUGUUUUUGGAGGACACGACGCUUUGGGGUAUGGAGAUGGGGAAGUAG